UUUAAAAUUUGCACUGAUAUUUUAUUACGCAGCUUGUGCCUCGUCUCUACACGAACCCGAUAACUUGCACUUCCUCGAGAAAAGUCCCAUUGACUCCGUGAACGAACGAUCAGUUCGCAUUUCCUGCUUGGGUACUUGAAUAUAUAGUUUCCUGUGUGAUCUAGACCUAGAUCUAGAUCUGUGUUGAUAGAAGAUUCCAUAUAUCACAAGAAGACACGAACCAAACCCAGCUUAAAAUGGCACAAGCUUCAGCCGCUAACGACUUCGCUCACGAACCUGGUCUCUCAAAGGAGGAGAUAGCCAGACGUUACUCGGAGUGGGCGAAAGGUGCACAGUACGAACAGGAUCUGGGUGAAAAAAACUACCGAGGUCCGUUGAUUACAGCAGAGACCAUGGCUGAGUUGUUUCCUGAUGAAGAAGUCAGGAAGAAUCUCUACAUUCUUGAUGUCGCUGCUGGCACUGGGUUGGUUGGUAGUCAGCUACAGCGCAAAGGUUUCAGUAAAAUCGAUGCUCUUGAGCCUAGCGAGGGAAUGCUAAACCUGGCCAUAUCAAAGAACGUUUACACUCGCACAUUCCAGAACUUUCUGGGUGAAGACUCCACUAAUAUUGAGCCUGAUUACUACGAUGUUGCUAUAAUUUGUGGUGGAAUGGGUCAAGGUCACAUCCCAUGUAAUGGGAUAGAUGAGCUUGUUAGGCUAGUGAAGCCAGGUGGUCACGUGAUGAUUGUUAUGCGUGAAUCAUAUCUGACAACCGUUGAAGAAUACAAAGACAGACUAGAGCCACACAUGAAAGAACUGGAACUGGAUGGCAAGUGGGAGGCGGUCUCCCGAACUGUGGUGCCCAAGUACUCGUUCGACAACAAUGGCGUCAUCUAUAUAUUUAAGAUUAAAAAUAAUUCCAUAGUUGAAGGAUGAUUUAAUGUUGUUGUUAAAUCAAAGUUUUAAUUUAUUUCUUUUACAUCCCUGAUGGUAUUUAUAAAUAUGAUGUAUUUGCUAACUAGGAAAAUGUUUUCCUAGCACCUGGCAAAACUGAGGGUAACUUUUGGUUUUUAUAAAAUUGAAUAUA